AUGAUUGGUGUAAGUGAGUGGUGUGUGGGCAUGAGUGGAAAGUCUUCCCACUCGUCUACUGGUGCCUCGUGUACCGAGACGUCGAGUGAGAGAGACGACAGUGGAGGUCCCCCUGUUCCCAGCCCGACUUUCCCGUUUAUUGGGAUGAAGGCGUGGCACAGGCUAGUGGGAGUGGCUGCAAAGUUGAGUACCAGGAAUAUGUCAAACAUGGAACAACACAGUCUGCGUACUGCAAAACCAUACCAAUGUAAAGAAUGUAACAAGUGUUUUACUCAGAAAGGCACUCUGAAAACACACCUGAGAGUUCAUACUGGUGAGAAACCAUACCAGUGUAAAGAAUGUGACAAGUGUUUUACUCAGAAAGGCGACCUGAAAUCACACAUGAGAGUGCAUACUGGUGAGAAACCAUACCAAUGUAAAGUUUGUGAGAAGUGUUUUACCGAGAAAGGCUACCUGAAAUCACACAUGAGAGUGCAUACUGGUGAGAAACCAUACCAGUGUAAAGAAUGUGACAAGUGUUUUACUCAGAAAGGCACUCUGAAAACACACAUGAGAGUGCAUACUGGUGAGAAACCGUAUGAAUGUAAAGAAUGCAACAAGUGCUUUAGCUGGAAAGGGGACCUGAAAAAACACAUGAGAGUGCAUACUGGUGAGAAACCAUACCAAUGUAAAGAAUGCAACAAGUAUUUUACCUGGAAAGGCGACCUGAAAUCACACAUGAGAGUGCAUACUGGUGAGAAACCAUAUGAAUGUAAAAAAUGCAACAAGUGCUUUAGCUGGAAAGGGGACCUGAAAAAACACAUGAGAGUGCAUACUGGUGAGAAACCAUACCAAUGUAAAGUUUGUGAGAAGUGUUUUACCGAGAAAGGCAACCUGAAAUCACACAUGAGAGUGCAUACUGGUGAGAAACCAUACCAAUGUAAAGAAUGCAACAAGUGUUUUACCCGGAAAGUUCAACUGGAAACGCACAUGAGAGUGCAUACUGAUGAGAAACCAUACCAAUGUAAAGAAUGCAACAAGUGUUUUACCCGGGAUGAAAACCUGAAAUCACACAUGAGAGUGCAUACUGGUGAGAAACCAUACCAAUGUAAAGAAUGCAACAAGUGCUUUACCUGGAAAGUUCAACUGGAAACGCACAUGAGAGUGCAUACUGAUGAGAAACCAUACCAAUGUAAAGAAUGCAACAAGUGUUUUACCCGGGAUGAAAACCUGAAAUCACACAUGAGAGUGCAUACUGGUGAGAAACCAUACCAAUGUAAAGAAUGCAACAAGUGCUUUACCUGGAAAGUUCAACUGGAAACGCAUAUGAGAGUGCAUACUGAUGAGAAACCAUACCAAUGUAAAGAAUGCAACAAGUGCUUUACCUGGAAAGGCCGCCUGAAAAGCCACAUGAGAGUGCAUACUGGUGAGAAACCAUACCAAUGUAAAGAAUGCAACAAGUGCUUUACCUGGAAGGGCCACCUGAAAACACACAUGAGAGUGCAUACUGGUGAGAAACCAUACCAAUGUAAAGAAUGCAACAAGUAUUUUACCUGGAAAGGUGACCUAAAAAAACACAUGAGAAUGCAUACUGGUGAGAAACCAUACCAAUGUAAAGAAUGCAACAAGUGCUUUACCUGGAAAGGCCACCUGAAAACCCACAUGAGAGUGCAUACUGGUGAGAAACCAUACCAAUGUAAAGAAUGCAACAAGUGCUUUACCUGGAAAGGCUACCUGAAAACACACAUGAGAGUGCAUACUGGUGAGAAACCAUACCAAUGUAAAGUUUGCGACAAACAUUUUACUCAGAAAGGCACUCUGAAUAUACACAUGAGAGUGCACAGUGGUGAGAAACCAUACCAGUGUAAAGAAUGUGAUAAGUGUUUUACUCAGAAAGGCCACCUGAAAACACACAUGAGAGUGCAUAUUGGUGAGAAACCAUACCAAUGUAAAGAAUGCAACAAGUGCUUUACCUGGAAAGGCCACCUGAAAACACACAUGAGAGUGCAUACUGGUGAGAAACCAUACCAAUGUAAAGAAUGCAACAAGUAUUUUACCUGGAAAGGUGACAUGAAAAAACACAUGAGAGUGCAUACUGGUGAGAAACCAUACCAAUGUAAAGUUUGUGACAAACAUUUUACUCAGAAAGGCACUCUGAAUAUACACAUGAGAGUGCACAGUGGUGAGAAACCAUACCAGUGUAAUGAAUGUGACAAGUGUUUUACUCAGAAAGGCACUCUGAAAACACGCACGAGAAUGCAUACUGGUGAGAAACCGUAUGAAUGUAAAGAAUGCAACAAGUGUUUUACAUGGAAAGGCAACCUGAAAUCACACAUGAGAGUGCAUACUGGUGAGAAACCAUAUGAAUGUAAAAAAUGCAACAAGUGCUUUAGCUGGAAAGGGGACCUGAAAAAACACAUGAGAGUGCAUACUG